AUGGCCAGGCGGAGGGAAUCGGGGGCUGGGCCCCACGAUGACUCAAUGUUGAUGAUUCCUCCCCCAGGAUUCAAAUUUAUUCCUAGAUAUGAAACGGUAUGCGGGAAGCCGGGUUGUUUCGAGUGCUUCGACAUUUACUGUGAGAGAUGCGAGUCAAAGGACAGACGGAUAAUUGAGCUGGAGAUGAGGAACAAUGACCUCGCCAAGUACAUUACACAACUGCAAGCCAGAGUCUUUGGACCCUCCAAACUAACCGCAGCACAAGCGCAAGGUCCCGCCCUCAAGUCGCCGCACUUCACGCAGCAGCAGCAGCCCUUAAAUCCUCAACAUCACGUGCAGGCAAAUGGCGGUGACAUGAGGCAAACUGCCCCACUAGGAACUUCUGCGGUAUACCCCCAGCCCGGUAGUCAGGAACCGUUCGCGUAUAUUCAAUCUCCAGUCCUCUUCGAUCCAACACUUAACCUCUCCUAUGUUGCCACCACUUCCUUCGCGCCAGCGAAACCGUAG